UAAUUUAAAGGCGUGGGAAAUUAGCAGCCGCGGAGAAGCUCUCUCUUUCCUUUCCUGUACUAAAAAGUCACAGUUAUUUUUCUGCGGAAGCUCUCUUUUGGCUCUGCUGGCCGAGGCAAAGUAGCGGCGGCGGUGCAAUGUUGACGGCGGCGGUAUGAGCAAAAUGCCAGUGGUUUCGGUAGCUGAUCUGGGGCCCGCAUUGCCCAUCCACUUCUGAUCUGAUUCUGUACCUCGAUCCCUCAAUUUUCAAAGCUUCUCUCAGAGAUUAGGCAGCGUGAUCCAUUGAAAUGUCAUUCAAGAGCAUUAUAAAGGAGCUGAAAGAUGGAAUCGGCAGCAUGUCUAGGAGAGGUGCUGAGGGGAAGCACUGGCGAAAUCGGACCAGAUCGUUUGUAGCUCCUGAUAUGGCUACGCAUUCUACACCGAGUGAGCAAGGGCAGUGGGCGAGUUUACCCCCGGAAUUGCUGUUGGAUAUCAUCAGGAGAGUCGAAGAGAGCGAGACGGCUUGGCCUGCUAGGACAGUCGUCGUGUUUUGUGCAUCAGUCUGUAGAUCGUGGAGGGAUGUUACCAAGGAGAUUGUAAAAACUCUUGAGGAAUGUGGGAGGCUCACCUUUCCCAUUUCAUUGAAGCAGCCGGGGCCCCGAGAUGCUCCUAUCCAAUGCUAUAUCAAGAGGGAUAGGACGACUUCCACAUACCGCUUAUAUUUUGGUCUUACCCCAUCGGAGAACGAGCUUGAUAAAUUAUUAUUGGCAGCCAAAAAGAUGAGAAGGGCGACGAGCACAGACUUUGUGAUUUCUUUUGUUGCAGAUGACUUCUCGCGAGCCAGCAACACAUAUGUUGGAAAACUCAGGUCGAAUUUUCUGGGGACCAAGUUCACCAUAUGCGAUGGCCAAACACCAAGCGACGGUGCUGUUCGGCAUGUAACCCGGCAGAGUCGCAGAUUUAGUUCCAAUCAAGUAUCUCCGAAGCUCCCCGCAUAUAACUACAGUGUAGCCACACUUUCCUACGAACUGAAUGUUCUUCGCACGAGAGGACCUAGAAGGAUGAACUGUGUGAUGAACUCGAUUCCCGUCUCCUCCAUUCAGGAGGGGGGCACUGCCCCGACACCUACAUCAUUCCCCCCAUGUAUGGAGGAGAGAUCUUCCGACACAAAGGAGAAGGAACCGAUGCUAUCGUUUAGCUCUCCGAACCUCUCCAUCUCACUGAAGCCAACUCCAAACACUGAACCCGCGCUGGUUCUUAAAAACAAGGCUCCGAGAUGGCACGAGCAGUUGCAGUGCUGGUGCCUGAAUUUCAAAGGCCGCGUGACAGUAGCAUCGGUUAAAAAUUUCCAGCUCGUGGCGGCUGUCGAUCCUUCGGUUGAUGUACUAGUUGCAGAGCAGGAAAAGGUAAUUCUGCAGUUUGGAAAGAUCGGAAAGGAUAUCUUCACCAUGGAUUACCGCUACCCUCUCUCUGCGUUUCAAGCUUUUGCGAUUUGCUUGAGCAGCUUCGACACCAAACCGGCGUGCGAGUGAAGUUGAAAGGGGCCUCGGCUCAUCGCUUUGGCUAUCGUAGGCACAUAAUGUUGUUUAAAGUUGAUAUUUUGAAUCACAUUUUGGAGUUUAAUACUAAAGUUUCCCUCAUUAACUCUCA